AUGGGCAGCGGUGCGUCUGCCCACGUCUACCGGCGCCGGCUCCUGCUCAAACAGCACAACGACGACCCGAAUGUCUUGAACACCGAGCGUCUCGCACUGGCAUUGAGGCGAUGCGCAUCGGACCAACGGGGCGCGAUCCCGCUGGCCGAGAUCGCGACGAUGCUGGCCCACGAGUAUGGGCUACGCAUUGCCGUCGACGAUCUCCUCGGUAGCUUGCAGCACUUCGGCUUGAAGGGCAUUUGCAUCACCGACACGGCGCCGCUUCUGGCCUUUCUGGCACCCCGGGACGUUGCACCGCCAGCGACGCCGACCAUCUGGGUCGCAUGCAAGCUCGGACAACUUGAUGUCGUCAAGUCCCGGCUACAGGAUGGCGUCAGUGCGUGGAGCGAGCGCGACACCUUCGACAACCUUCCGAUCUACUAUGCCAGUCUUUGUGGCCACAAGGACGUUGUCGAGCUCCUCUUAUCGUGCUACUCCGCUCAUCGCAACGACGUGACGCGAAGUGAAGCCGAUCGGCUCCGGUGA